AUGCAGCCGGUCUCAGUCCUAUUCGUCUGCCUGGGCAAUAUCUGCCGCUCCCCAAUGGCCGAAGGCGUCUUCCAGCACAUCGCAAAACCCAAACACGGGCCCCACCACCCUCUCAUCAACCAAAUCGAUAGUUGCGGGACCGGAGCCUACCACAUCGGCGACGGCCCAGACUCCCGCACCAUGUCGACCCUCGCCGACAACGGCAUCAAAUCCUACAAGCACCGUGCUAGGAAGUUCAGCACCAGCGACUUCACUACCUUCGACUACAUAAUGGCCAUGGACGACGACAACGCCGACCACCUGGUCCGUCUACGGAAGCGGUUGCUGAAGCAGAACAACCUGGAGGACCAUGAACUGGGCCGAGUCAUGCUCUUUGGAGAGUUUGGAGGGCGAAAAGGCGAAGAGAUUGCAGACCCCUAUUACGGAGCGAGGAAUGGGUUUGAGAUCGCGUAUGAGCAGGUUGUGCGAAUGACGAAUGGCUUUCUGAAAACGCUCGAGAAGGAAGCUGCUGCGGCGGAGACGGCUGCUAGUGGAGAGAAGAGCGGACUAUGA